GCGGUGACCGGCCGCUACGGGCAGGGCCGGCGGGGGCGGAGGCGGCGGAGCGUCGUCAGCAUCCUGCGACCGGCUCGGGGAGGCGCGGGGCGGGCACCGCGUGUGAGGAGAGCCGUGCCGGGCCUGCUAGCGGUACUCGGCCGCGGGAGGUAACGGCUGUGGGGACGGGGAGAGCCGGCGCUGCUGGGGGACCGCGAGCCCCCUGCCCGCGGAGACGACCACCAGCCAACCACAAGACUGUUGCAAUGAGUUUUGUUGAAUAUGGCGAUACAAUCAAGGAUGGUGACACAGCUAUUGUGUUCUUGGGCCACGAAUCCAUGUUUCCUGUGAAAGUCCAGCAAGGCGGUGUAACUCAGACUAAAUAUGGGGUCAUCCGGCAUUCCACGGAUCUCAUAGGCAAGAAGUAUGGCUCCAAAGUGACCUGCAGUAAAGGAGGAUGGGUUUUUAUUCUUCAUCCAACUCCAGAACUGUGGACUGUGAAUCUUCCACACAGGACACAGAUCCUGUAUUCCACUGACAUCUCUGUAAUCACCAUGAUGUUAGAACUGAAGCCAGGCUCCAUAGUAUGUGAAUCAGGUACAGGCAGUGGAUCCCUGUCCCACGCUCUCAUUAGGACAGUGGCUCCCACGGGGCACCUGUACACAGUGGAGUUCCACCAACAGAGAGCUGAGAAGGCCAAGGAGGAAUUUCGGGAGCAUGGAGUAGAGCAUCUGGUCACGGUGACCAACCAGGAUGUCUGCAAGAAUGGAUUUGGUGUCUCAGACAUUGCAGAUGCUGUGUUCCUGGAUAUUCCAUCUCCAUGGGAAGCCAUUGGACAUGCAAAGUCAGCGUUAAAAGCUGAAGGUGGCCGCAUCUGCUCUUUCUCCCCCUGCAUUGAACAAGUCCAGAGAACUUGCCUAGCAAUGGAAGAGUACGGUUUUACAGAGAUUAACACCUUGGAAAUUCUGCUCCGAGUAUACAAUGUAAGGACAAUUAGCUUGCAAAUCCCUGACCUUGGAAAAGCAGCUGAGGAUAAUUCUAGCACUGGCUUUGACAGCAGCAACCCAUCAAACCAAGGUAGCCCAGGCACUAAUCUGCAGCAAGGAACGGUGCAGUUCAAAAGCGGCGUGCCACUGAAGGAGAUGGUGGGUCACACUGGGUACCUGACCUUUGCCACUAAGAGCCUCUUCUAGCACACUUCAACUUGGGGAAGUUCAGAGUGUUUUGUGUGUUUGUGUGCAUUUGCUGUUUUCAUGGUUCUUUUUUGUAGGGCAUCCAAAUUUUUCCUUGUCAGGGAAUUCCAUAUAUAGUCAGAUUUAGUUGGAAUAUGCUUUGUUUAAAUAGCUCGCAAGCAUUAACCAGAGCAGCAUCAAGGGAAUGUUGGAACUCUGGAGCAGUGCUCCGCUUGCCGUCAGAAAGACAAAGUAAUAGCAAGUGGCCAUUCAUUGGAAUGUGCGGGAUAGAGAUUCCUCCUGAUAAGAAUGUAAAACAGCACACUGAUCACAAACAAGAUGGAUUUUUUUCCUCCUCUUUUCUGAAUGACUUUCCCAGUUUUAUGUUUUUAUUACAGCACCAUGAGACACUUCUCUUUUCGAACUUCUCUGGUGUGUGUGUGUCGCUUUUAGGAACAUGGAAGUGCUUCUUUGCUUCCUUUUGGAUAUGGAAGUUGCAGAGCCGUAUGGUUGCCUGCAUGGCAGGUCACAGUAUUGGUGUUUCUUUGGAAUAGUGUAGAGCUGCACAGAGGGUUAUUGGCAGCACUCAGGAUCACAGCCUCUUACUCCAUUCUGGCAUCUGCAAAUCACUUGGAUUACGCAGAGUUUGAAUAAGUGUGCUAAUUGUUGGAUUUGGUCUAAAAUGGUAUUGCAAUCAAUUGGUAGUAGAAAAUCAGGCAUGGAUUUGUACUGUAAUCUUCUAAUAGGUCAUCUGCAGUCGGUGUUAUGAAUCCACUGUGAAAAUGCACAUGAAUGGAUGGGGAAUGUUAUCUGAACUUCUCUUUGUGUGCAGUGUGACUGAGGUGCAGUUUGCUUGGUGUUUUAUGUGCGUGAUGGUGAGUUAUUGUCCUACAGCUGAAUAACAGUAAGAUUACUUUUAGCAGGACUUGUCUCCAAAUGGCAACAAUAAUGCAAAUGUGGUAAAACCAUUAAUCAGCCUUAUUAAUUAAGUUUUUAGACCAUUUACUCUUCAGUAUUCCAUAAAAGCUGGUGGGUGGGAUGAACUUUUUAAGUGCUGGAUUACGUUUUAUUAUUUAGAGAGUAAAAUAAUUAUGAAAAAUGUUGAAGCUCCUCUUUUCUUUUUAUUUAAUGUGUUGUUUUUUUUUUUUUUAACAAUUUCACAGAUAUUCCAGCCACUCUGGAAUAUUCAUACUGUCUCUGGAAAUAUUUAGCUGUGCCUUGCAUUUGGCACUUUCAUAUGUUGAUUGUAAGAAAAAUAACCAUCCAUAACCUGCUGCCUGAGCAAUUGAACCUGAUAUCCCUCCCCCAUUCUUGACAAAAAUAAACAAAGCUAAGCUUUUAACAUGUUAUGGCAGAAUGCUAAUCCAUAAUGGUUUAAAGAAAGCUCAACCGAUCACGACAGCAAAGAUAAACUGUUGAGCAGAUUAAAGGCAGAAAGCAAUUCUGUAGCAUUAAAUCAGUUAUGUAAGCAGGCCUACCAUUGUAGCUUUUCUCCAGAAAUUAUGUGAAUGUUCUGUUUCUGCUGUUGUUAACUUCAUCCAGACAGGUUUGUGCUAAACUGCUAACACUGUUGAUACGGUUUGGUGGCUGUGUUGUCAUGAUGUGCAUGUAAGUGCAUAUGCACAUGUUUGUGUGUGCUUGAACUGCCACCAUGGAAGUGAUGCUGAAAGACUCAAAUAAACCAGAAGAAGGCAUGAGGAAAUACAAAGUUAAUGCUACGAGACUGCUUACCUGGAGGUGAUUCUCACUUUCUAACAAGUGGGAUCCCCAGCUUUCACCAGAGAUAAUCACAGAAUCAUAGAAUCACAAGGUUGGAAAGGGCCUACAAGAUC